AUGAAGCUCACCACCCUCCUCGUCGCCGCUACCUCGUUCCUCUUCGCGGCUGCCGCGCCAGCCCCUUACCACCUGGGCAAGUGCGCCACGCCCGACUUCAACCACCAGCUCUUCGCGCUCUCCGCUACGCUGGGCGGCAACGGCGCCAGCCUGUUCCCGCACCUCCUCAUCCAGCUCUCGGCGACCAAGGACGGCUGCAAGGCCGUCUACCCCCUCGUCACGGAGGCCAAGACGAUCCUCGCGCCGCAGGACAGCGCGAUGACGGCGGAUCUCGUCGCCGAGUUUACCGCCAACCCCAGCCUUCUGGGCGAGUAUUACUCGACCACCACGGAGCUCCACCGCACCGACUUCUUCAACCAGGCCAACCGCGUCAUCGAGCUCGAGUCCGCCACCGCCAUCUACUGGGUCGGCGGCAUGGCGUCGCUCUGGCUCGAGAUCAAGGGCACCACGAACGAGGCGGUGGUCCUCCAGACUGACAUUGCCACCGCGACUGGCACCGCGCUGAUCCUCAAGAACGCCUGGGGCCAGCCCGCUACACUCGUCAAGCGCGGCUGGCCUCCCUGCUCGACGUGCAAGUGA